AUGGGAGCGCAGAGCCUGGCGGUGCCUUGUGGGAUGCUGGCUUUGUGUUUGGCACUCGCCGGGACUACCAACCCUGGCUUCGUGGCGAGGAUCACCCAGGCAGGCUUGGACUAUGCCCAUCAGCAGGGGAUCGCGGUCCUGGAGAAGGAGCUGGUCCAGCUGAAGCUGCCGGACAUCUCGGGUGACUAUCGUGUCCGGCACGUGGGCAAGGUGCACUAUGAGCUCUCCAGUUUGGACCUUCGCAGUUUCCACUUGCCGUACUCGCGGAUUUCCCUGGUCCCCAACGUGGGCCUGCAGGUCUCCAUCUCCAACGCCUUCGCCGAGGUGGAUGGGAACUGGCGGGUGAAGAUAUACUUCGUCCGAGACCACGGUUCGUUUGACCUGAAGGUGGAGAACAUCUAUAUCAAAAUCAACCUGAAGCUGGGCAGCGACACCUCCGGGAAACCCACCAUUGACACCUCUGACUGCAGCACCCGCAUCUCCCAAGUCCGGGUACACUUUUCGGGCAAGUUUGGGUGGCUUUACAACAUCUUCCAUAGCGUUAUCGAGUCCAGAUUCCGGAAGAUCUUGGAGGGCAAGGUCUGUGAGAACGUGGUCAGCUCUGUGCGCAGCGAGCCCCAGCCGUACCUCCAGACCCUGCCAGAAGCAAGCACACCUGAAGCUGGUACUGAGCUGUUGCAUUGGGAAGCCCGGGCACGGCACUGCCUGGAUGUCAGUGGAGGCAAUCUGCUGCCGGCUUUCCCAUGCCAUCUCCCUCUCGCUCAUCCGUCUGUCCUGUGUUUUACAGUCACAGCCAGGAUAGAUGCCGUGGCUGGCAUCGAUUACUCCUUGGUGGCACCCCCAACUGCUACCGCCCAGUCCCUGGACGUGGACCUGAAGGGCGAAUUCUUCUCCCUGGCCCACCGCUCCGCCGUCCCCUUCUCUCCGCUGGCGCUGUCCUUCCCUCCGGAUCAUGACCGCAUGGUUUACUUCGGGGCUUCCAGCUACUUCUUCAACACAGCCGGCUUUGCCUACCACGCAGCCGGGGCGCUGGUCUUCGAAAUCACAGACUCCAUGAUCCCAAAGGACAUUGAAUUCCACUUGAAAACCUCCACCUUCUCAGCCUUCAUUCCCCAGCUAGAGACAAUGUACCCAGACAUGCCGAUGAAGCUCAGGCUGUCCACCUCCUCCGCCCCGUUCCUGAACAUCGGACCAGGGGGGGUCUCGCUGAAGCCUGUUGUGGAUAUCCAGGCUUACGCCAUCUUUCCCAACUCCAGCCUGGCUCCUCUCUUCCUCCUCAGCCUGACAGGCAACGUGUCCGCCGUCAUCGACAUGAAAUCCAGCCACAUAGUGGGAAACCUGACGGUGGGCAGGAUGAAGCUCUCUCUGAAGCAUUCGGACGUUGGCACUUUCCAGGUGCGAAUGCUGCAGUCCAUAAUGAACAUACUUGCUUCCAGUAUCCUGCUCCCACGUCUUAAUGCCAGGUUAGAUCAGGGCUUCCCUCUGCCGCUGCCGGACAGAAUACAGCUCUUCAACGUCCUUGUGCAGUUUCACCAGAAUUUCCUGCUGCUGGGAGCAGACGUGCGCUACCAGCCCCGGGGACGGCGAUAA